AUGUGUGUUUAUGUUCAUUUUCCCAGACACACACACUCUUACGAUUCCAAUGAGAUGGACGAGAGAUCAAAGAAAACAGAUGCUGAGUUUGUGGACAAGAACAGGGCCGAGCUCAUUCAGCGGGUUACCAUGGUGAUGCCUAUAGCAGAUGACCUGCUCCAGAGGGAAAUGAUGCAUGGAGAGAUGUAUGAUACCAUCAGAGACACCAAGCCCAGUCAGAACCAGAUGAGGGAGCUGUACAAAGUCUUAAACACAGGUGGAAUUAAAGUCAAAUCAGCCUUCUACAAGAUCCUCCAGGAGAAAGAGCCUUAUUUGGUCCAGGAACUGGGUGGAUUUACUAGGAGCCCUGGGGAGAGGAAAGAUGCCAUCACACAGAAAGUAAAGGAGAAACUAAAAACCAGUCUAAAGAAGAAGUUCUGUUUCCUGUAUGAAGGCACUGCAGAUGAACAAACUCGCCUUGAUAGCAUUUACACCCAGCUCUACAUCACCCAGGGAGAGAGUGAAGGGGUUAAUACAGAACAUGAGGUUAGACAGAUUGAAUAUACAUCCAUGAGAAGAAAAACAUCAGACACUCCAAUCAACUGUACUGACAUCUUCAAACCCUCACCUGGAGAGAAGAGUGAAGAGGAGAGAACCAUCAGAACCAUCAUGACAAAGGGCAUCGCUGGAAUCGGAAAAACUGUCUCAGUGCAGAAGUUCAUCCUGGACUGGGCAGAGGGAAGAGCCAAUCAGGAUGUGGAUUUCAUCUUUGUGCUUCCUUUCAGAGAGCUGAAUUUGGUUAAUCAACUCCAGUACAGUCUUCAAGGACUUCUGAAUUACUUCCACCCUGAACUUAAAGAAAUAAAGGAUGCACAGAAAUAUGCUGACUGUAAAGUCAUGUUCAUUUUUGAUGGUCUUGAUGAAAGCAGACUUCUGCUUGAUUUUUGUAAUAACAUGAAGUUGAAUGAUCCAAAUGAAAAAUCGUCCGUUGACAUGUUGAUGACAAACCUAAUUGACGGAAAUUUACUCCCCAAUGCCCUCAUCUGGAUAACCUCCCGACCCGCCGCAGCCAAUCAGAUCCCUCGUAUGUACAUCAGCAAGGUGACAGAAGUACGAGGGUUCAGUGACAAACAGAAAGAAGAAUACUUUAAGAAGAAAGUCAAGGAUGAAAACCAGGCCAGGAGAAUCAUCUCACACAUUAAGACAUCAAGAAGCCUCCACAUCAUGUGUCACAUACCAGUCUUCUGUUGGAUUACUGCCAGGGUUCUUCAGCACAUGGUGACUAAAGGAAUGGGUGGAGAUAUCACAACUCUGACUGAGAUGUACUCUCACCUCACACUCAUUCUGACAAGUCUAAAAAGCAAAAAGUAUGAUGGCAAAAUUGAGGAUGAUUUGGUCACAAUCACAGAAAUAAACAAAGAAAUGAUUCUCAAACUGUCACAACUUGCAUUUAAACAGCUGGUGAAGGGAAACAUAAUUUUCUAUGAGAAAGACCUGGAAGAAUGUGGGAUUGAUGUCAGUGAUGCCUCGGUGUACUCUGGGUUUUGCACAGAAAUCCUAAAAAAAGAGAAAGUGUUACAUAAGAGGAAGGUCUACUGCUUUGUUCACCUGAGCUUCCAGGAGUUCCUUGCUGCUCUGUAUGUUUUCCACUGCUGUGUGACCAAGGACAUCAAGGACCUGGAGUAUUUUAUUAAAGAUGUGUCUUCAGAACUGCCCUUGAAUGAGAUGCUGAAGAUGAUAGUGGAUAAAACAUUGGAGAGUGAGAAUGGACACCUGGACCUGUUCCUCCGCUUCCUUGUUGGCAUCACACUGGAGUCCAACCAGAGACUGUUACAAGGAAUACUGCCACAGACAGAGAUCAGCUCAGAAACUGUUGAUGAAAUAAAGAAAUACCUCAGGGAGCCGAAAGUAGAGCAAAUCUCACCUGACAGGUACAUCAAUCUACUAACCUGUUUGACUGAGAUGAAAGAUGAAUCAGUACAUGAGGACAUUGACAAGUUCCUGAAGUCAAGAAACCAAACAGGGGAACAUCUCUCAGAUACACACUUCUCAGCAUUGGCCAAUGCACUGUUGAUGUCAAAGGGUGUGCUGGAUGAGAUUGACCUGGGGACAUACAACUGGUCACCUGGGUGCACAAGACUGGCCCCAGCUGUAAGGAAAUGUAGAAAGGCAAUACUGGGUGAAUAUCUGUUAUCUGAAGAGGAAUAUGAAUCAGUGGCCUCCAUUCUCCAAUCAGAAGAUUCUCAUCUGAGAGAACUGCACCUGAAAGACAGCGUUUUUGCUCAUAAUUUCAACGUUGAGGAUGGUGGUUUGGAUGUAUAUGAUGAAGAUGUCUGUCUGACUGUUCUCUGUGCCGCUAUGAAACAUCUACACUGUAAACUGGAGACACUGAGACUGGGUAACUUCAGACUCUCUGAGGUCGACUGUAGAUCACUGGCAUCUGUUCUCCAAUCAGAAAACUCCCCUCUGAGAGAACUGGACCUGAGGAACUGGAUGCUGUCUGAUGAUAGGAGUGAACUCUUUACAGCUCUAGAAAAUACACACUGUAAACUACAGACUCUGAGGCUGAAUAGCUGUUAUCUGACAGAGAGAUGUUGUGAAGCGUUGGCCUCAGCUCUCAGAUCAAACUCCUCUCAUCUGAAGGAGUUGGAUCUGAGUAACAAUGACCUGCUGGAUUCUGGAGUGAAGCUGCUCUCUGUGGGACUGGGACAUCAUUACUGUAAAGUGGAAAAACUAAGGCUGUCAUUCUGUAAAGUCACAGAGGAAGGCUGUGCUUCUCUGGCUUCAGCUCUGAGGUCAAAUCCCUCCCACCUGAGAGAACUGGACCUGAGCUUCAAUCACCCAGGAGACUCUGGAGUGAAGCUGCUCUCUGCUAGACUGGAUGAUCCUGACUGUAGACUUGAGAAACUGAAUGUGGAUCCCAAUGAAGAGUUCUGGGCGAAACCACAGCUGAUGAAGAAAUAUUACUGUCAUCUCACUCUGGACCCAAACACAGCAAACAGAAACAUCUCCCUGUCUGAGGGGAACAGAAGAGUGGAGGUUCUGAAGAAUUCCCAAGACAGAUUUGACUACAAGAGACAGGUGUUGUGUAGAGAGGGUCUGACUGGACGCUGUUACUGGGAGGUGGAGAGGAGUGGGACGGCUGAUAUAGCAGUGACAUAUAAAGGUAUCAUGAGAGAGGGCCAAUUUACCAGUCAGUUUGGAUUCAAUGACAAGUCAUGGAAUCUUUUAUGUAGUGAUUAUUACAUCACCUACCACAAUGAGCAACCUACUUAUAUACCUGCUCCUCACCUCAUCCAUCCUCCUCAACCCCAGAGUGACCAGACCUCCUCUCCUCCAAUCAGAGUAGGAGUGUUUCUGGACUGGCCGGCCGGCACCCUGUCCUUCUAUGAGGUCCACUCUGACACAAUGACCCACCUGUACACAUUCCACACCACAUUCACUGAGCCCCUCUACCCAGGGUUUGGGGUUGAGUACGAUACUGAUUCAGUGACCCUGUGUCAGGUAGAGUGAUAUUCUGUGUCCUGGAGGAAUCCCUGGGUCUCCAUGGUAACAGUCACAGUAUUCUAACCAACCAGGUGACAUGAUGGGUAUUGUUAACAAUUUCUUGUUGAAAUGUUUUAUUUCUUUAAAGUAGUGAUUUUUUGCCAGAACGCAUAAACGGAGCCAGCCAAGAAGAGUGAAUGUCCCGUACUAAGUAAGUGGGUUAUGGGGACAUUAUUGUAGCAAAACUGUUUGAGAGUUUAAGAGUCCAAUUGGAAUAAUUAAUACAUUUAUCUGGGCUA